AUGAGAGCCUUUAUCGCAGUGUUAUGCCUUAUGGCUUGUGCGGCGGGCGGGAGCGUGCGUGAGAAGCGCGGCUUCCUCAGCGGUCUGCACUCCGUCGGUGGCGACUACUCCGCCUAUGGCGGAAUCUCUUCCUUAGGCGGCUACUCUGGAUACGGCGGAAUAUCUGCCUUAGGCGGCAUUUCCGCACCCGCGGCUCAAGUGGUCUCCGUCAACAAGGUCGUCAACGUGCCCAGGGUUGUUAGCGUCCCACAAGUAGUCAGAGUAAACAAGGUCGUAUCCGUGCCCCAAGUUGUUUCCGUUAACAAAGUAGUAUCCGCCCCCAGCUACUCUGUCGGUUACAACGGCGGAUACGGCAGCGGGUUAGGAAGCGGGUAUGGCUACUCAGCCGGUGUACUCUGCCUGGUGGCAUGUGCCGCUGCAGAAAACGUGCGUGAAAAGCGCGGCUACCUCAGUGGGUUACACUACGGAGGCAUCGGUGGUUACUCUGGCUGCAGUGGCUACUCUGGCUUAGGUGGCUACUCCGGCUACCGUGGCUACUCUGGCUUAGGCGGCUACUCCGGUUACAGUGGCUACUCUGGCUUAGGUGGCUACUCCGCGCCAUCAGCUCAGCUCUUCACCGUCAACAAAGUUGUGAACGUGCCCAAGGUUGUGAGCGUCCCACAAGUAGUCAGCGUCAACAAGGUCGUCUCCGUGCCUCAAGUUGUGUCCGUUAACAAAGUAGUGGCCGCUCCCAGCUUCUCCUCCGGAUACAGCAGCGGAUACAACGGUAGAUACAGCGGUGGAUACAGCGGCGGAUACAGCGGUGGUUUCGGAAGCGGACACGGUGGUUACUCUGGUGGCUACUCCAGUGGCUGGUGA